AUGAAGUUCAUCUACACCGUCCUCCUUGCCGCCGUGACCGCCACGGCCACCGCUCUCCCUGAACGCCUGGAGACCCGUGUCUGCGGUAGCCCCAUGUGCAGCAACUAUGUUGCGCUGGGUGCUGCCAAUUGCCCACUCGAUUGCAUGUGGGGAGACUGCACCAAGUACCACUGCGAGCAGGAGGGCUAUGAUGUUAUCUGUGGAAAGAACGGAGACAGCUGUGUUAAGGUCUGA